AUGAAUGAAUCUUCUAUGGAAUCUGUUAAUGGAUUAAAUUUGAGGAACGAUGUCAAGAAUCUUGUUGAACAAGAGUCCUAUAAAUGGAUUUUCGUCGGAGGAAAGGGCGGUGUAGGAAAAACGACAAUCUCAUGUUCAUUAUCGUCAAUUCUAUCAGAACGAAGAGAAUCCGUUCUCCUUUUAUCAACGGAUCCUGCCCACAGCCUGAGUGAUGCAUUCAACCAAAAGUUUACCGACACACCUACCCUCGUUAACGGAUACGAAAACUUAUACGCCAUGGAAUUGGACGUUACAAGAGUCUCAGAUACGGUUUGUUUUUACCUUAAAUUUUAUUUAUCAUUUAUUAAUGCGAACCCAAAUAGAUCAGUCCAAUCAAUGAAGUAUUCAGUAAUUGUGUUCGAUACAGCACCAACAGGACAUACACUCAAGUUCCUGAACCUGCCUGACACAUUGGAUAAGCUUCUGGAAAGUUUCCUGAAGGUUGAAUCACUGUGCGGAGUUGCAAUGAAGCUGUUUUCAGCGUUAAAUAACUCUCUGCCCAAGGAGGAAAUAUUCCAGAAAAUCAAAAGGUUCAAGAACAAUUUGACACUAAUAAUGAAUCAAAUGAAGGAUCCGAACAAAACAACCUUUGUUUGCGUCUGCAUUCCGGAAUUCCUAAGUGUUUACGAGACGGAGAGACUGAUACAAAGUUUGGCAAAAACCGAUAUAGACUGUUCGUACAUUAUUGUAAACCAAGUUCUGAGUUAUAUUAACUUGGAAGAACAUGUAAAUAAUACCAAAAAAUCGUUGGAAAACUUAACACCCGAAAACAAAAAGGUCCUCGAAGACUUUUUUGAACUUGUGCUGGAACAACAAAACAAUCUAAAUGGCCGAUUAAAUAUACAAAGAAAGUAUAUAGAAGACAUUAAACAAUUGUACGAAGGCUUUUUCAAUAUUGGUAAGAACCAAACUCACUGA